AUGGCGGCCUUCCAGCGUGUCUUCCGGGCAUCAAUUGCCCCCUCCGUCGCCUUCGGAGCCGCACUUGCAGCCAGCGCUACCACUGCUAUGGCCGACGACGGCUCGUCUGCCUCGCAGGUCCGUCCCGGUCACGCUGCCAACGGAAACAAGCUCCCCAUCUAUACUUCCCCGGACGACGCGCACACCGUGCAGCUGGUUGUCGUUGAGAACCCUCUUGUCGAGUACAUUACCGCCGCUCGUGAGGCCACUACGAGCGCCUUUGGCGGUGUGCGCUCUGUGGUUGAGAGCGGUGUGUCAAGCUGGAUCGGCUUUGAGCGCAAUGUUGAGCACGAGGUGAAGCAGAUUGUCCCCACGGACGAGUCUUUGACUCCCGGCAUCAUCUACGUGCUUGUCGCCGGCCUUACUGGAUCUGUGCUCUCGCGCACUCGCUCGUUCCCCGUUCGCUUCCUUGCCCCUCCCAUCUUUGCGACUGCCGCCCUCCCCUACUUCCUGCCCAAGACUGCCCACAACCUCCGCAAGUACAUUUCGGACGUUGAGGACAAGCACUGCCCCGAGUUUGCGGCCCGUCACGACCACUUCAACCAGGCUCUCGAGCUUCACUGGCACAUGGGCGUUGACAAGCUCCGCGGAGCUGGUGAUGAGGCUCGUCAGUGGACCUCAAAGGCCGUUGACGGCGUCGAGUCGGCCACUGGCCUCAAGGUCGGCGAGGCCGUCCGUAUUAGCCAGGAGCGUGUCGAGGACGUCAAGGAGGCUGCCCGUGCCAAGGUUGCCGAGGUCAAGGCUGCGGCUCAGUCCGUUGCUCCUACUCCUGAGCCUGUUCAGGUCCAGAAAAUUGCCACAGUCAUUGAGCAGAAGCCCAUCGCCGAGAUUGUUGUUCCCGUCCCUGCGGCGGAGCCUGUUGUUGCCGAGGUUGUGGCGGCCCCCGUCGAGGUGGUGAUUGCACCGGUGGCCGUCGCCGAGGUCCCCAAGACUGAGGCCAAGCAGGAGGCUAAGCAGGAGAUCAAGCCUGUGGGCAAGGAAGAGGUUCCUGUCAAGAAGGACGACAAGAAGCCCCGCGAUGUCAUUGCACGCCCUGUCGAGGACGGCGGCAAGCGUCUCGUCUAG